AGUCACACCAGUAACAUUGGAGGUUUACGCAUAUCUGUGAAAUAAGAAGGGGGUGUUGGACCGUUGGUAAAUCAAAACCUCAUCGAUAACUUUUCUUCGAAUUCAGAACGCACAUCGAUCAACGGGACAUCUGGUUAGUAAAACCUUGCAUUGAUUGAUUUGAAAUCAAGACGAUGAAGAUAAAUAAGGCCUGUGAUCUCAGCUCAAUUUCUGUUCUUCCUCCUCACUCAAGAAGGCGAUCAAGUGUAUCAUGUAGCCAGCCAGAGAUGUCCACAACUUUUAGGCAAAGCCAAGCAUCAUCAUCACAAAAGCAGCGGUCACAGCAAUCGUUUUCUCAGGGAAUUUCAUCUCAACCAAAUGCCAUUUUCUCUCAAUUCUCACAGAAUUCUCAAGAUGAGACAUUAACAAAUGACCAGUUGGUUUUUUCUCAAGAAAGAGAGACUUCUGUGAAAAGAUUUUCAUGCCUACCCCCAGUCAACCACUCACGAGAAGAAAGUCAAAUGCCAUUAUCAAGAUCCUCCACAGGUCUAAUCCGCAAAUGGGGUUCUAUUUCAGAGCAAAGAGGUCAGAUGAGUGAUGAACUUGAACACCGGAUAGGAACAAUAGAAAGUUCACUAAACAGGUUUGGGUUGAUGCUGGAAUCUCUUCAGACAGAUGUAAUGCAUGUCAAUAAAGGAUCAAAAGAAUUAACCAUGGAUAUGGAUAGCAUACGCCAGAAAUUGAUUGCACAUGACAACUCCUUGCAGACAAUUGACAACUCUCUACAGAUGAUUGUCAACUCCCUGCAGAUAAUUAGCAAAGGGCAAGAAGAUGUAAAAUCUAGCCUUCAUGGAGAACUGAAGUCACUUUCUGUUAAGCUCAAUCAAGAUAAAUGUCACCAGAACUCACAAGAGAUUUCAGUCUUGCUCUCUGGUUUAGAAGAAAAGAUUGGAGUGUUCAUACUGAACUUACAUAAUAACCUCUCAAAAUCCCUCACUAAUGAAAUUCAGGCAGUGGCAUACAAGCUUAAAGCACUAGACCAAAAGAAUCCAACACCUGCCCUUCUCCCACCAAAGGCUGUCAGUUUUUGUGCCAAUCCUCAAGGAAUAGCCCCAAAGAAUUCAGCAGUGCCUUUAAAAGUCCAAAUGGGAACUCGGAUUCCCAAGGUAGAAAUGGGCACCUGGAACUCUGUAAAACGUGAAAAGGCUACUCUCACAGAUAGAGAUUACAGCAAGGGGCAUAAACACAGCAGAGUAUCUCAGACUCAACUGGAAAGAGAAUGGAGUGUUGUGAUUGAAUCUGAUGAAGAUAGCGAUGGAGGUUUCACAUUCUUGUCCAAGGAAAAGGAAACAACAGGAAGCUAUUUGAUGAAGAAAGCAAAGGAAGAAACUGAACGUAUUCUAAGGAAAGCAAGGAGAAGAAAGAGAAAACAAUGCAAUGCAAUUAUCAUUAACUGAACAUGAACAAUAAUAACAUGGUAUAAAUAAAUGGGAUUGAUAUUAAUAAUAAGUAUAGUUAUAGUAUACAGUUUACAUCAUGCAAGUUUUGUUUAUGUUAAAACUUAAAAUUGUUUUUGUAAGUAAAGUUUUGUAAUAAGCAAAUUGUGUAACUUCCAGUUCCGGUAUAUAAAUAUAAAUAGUGUG